AUGGACACCAUCGCUGUGGACCCAGACCUGUACGCAGCUCAAAGCGCCUACGCCCCCGAUGACUGGCAGUCCGAGACCACGUCAAUUAGAUCGUCCAUUUAUCGUGGUUUGAUGGACAACGGGAGGCGUAUUCCAUCAGACGAACAACAAUUCGAGACAUAUGAAGCAGGCCAUCUCGUGGAUCUUAUCUUAGACUCGGAUCGAGACAAUCCUCUCUUCCGGUCACCUAUUGGUGCCGACCGAGAACGCCCGUUACAGGUUCUCGAUAUUGGGACUGGAAAGGGCACUUGGGCCAUCGAUGUCGCUGAUAUGUUCCCGAAUGCGACCGUCCGGGGAGUGGACCUUUUCCCGCCUCCAGUCACCUGGAUGCCCCCCAAUUGCGUCAUUGAGGUUGAUGAUGUUCUCCAAGACUGGACCUGGCGCGAACGAUUCGAUCUCAUCCAUAUGCGAAAUAUGAUUGGAUCGUUCGAUAAUGCUGAGUGGGAUCGUGUUUACGAACAGUGCUUUGAAAAGAUGGCCCCUGGCGGAUGGAUCGAGCAGCUCGAGGUUGGCCCUUUUAUCACUAGCGACGACAAUAGCCUGCCAGAGGACAGUGCCUUGGCUUCAUGGGGUCCUAUUCUGCAGAAGUGCGGUGAUCGGGCUGGUCGUCCUUGCGAUAUCGUCCUCACUAUGCCCCAGAGCAUCAAAAAUGCGGGUUUCGUGGACGUACAUGAGAAGGUGUACAAGUGGCCCAUUGGACCAUGGCCUCGAGAUCAAAAAUUCAAGGAGGCAGGCAUGGUCAAUAGUCAACACUGGAUGUCUGGUAUGGAGGGAUGGUGCAUGUGGCUGCUCACAAAGUAUGGUGAUCCCGAGCCAUGGACUAAGGAUGAAGUUCAUGUUUUCUGUGCAAAACUUCGCAAUGAACUCAAGAACCCUCACUAUCAUGCCUAUCAUAAAGCGUAA